AUGAAUAUUGUUGGUGCAAUAUUUCCUCUUGGAAAUUUUUUCAAUCAAAAUAAUUCUGAAAAGACUUGUUUUUCGGAAUGUUUACAAUCAAAUUUUCCAUUUGCUCGAACUUGUUUAAUUCGUGGUGAUGCUGAUCAAUGUUUUCGUUCGUUACUUUUUCAAGCAUCUCUAUCUUAUGCUGCAAUUGGUAAACGUGUUUAUUUUUAUACACCAAUACCAUUUCAAACGAUUCCAUCACUUGUUCAUUCAUUAAUACCAACAUCAUUAUCAACAGCUAAUUUACAUUUAAUUCAAUUUCAUUAUCUAUUAACAUUAGUCGAAAUACAUAAACAUUUAAUAUCAAAUUCAAAUAAUUAUGAUAUUAUUAUUAUUGAUGGUUAUCUUGAAUAUCCAUUAUUGAAACAAGAAGAUUUAUUUCAAAUUAUUUCAGCUUGUGCAUUAUUAAAAGAUACAUAUGAAUAUUUAAAAAAAUUACAUGAGAAAGAUUUAGUAUUAUUAUGUUCAUGUACAUGUGCUGAAUCAUCAAUGGCAAAUGUUGAAGAACGAGCAUUAUUUGAUCUUGCUAUCGAUAUUGAAAUGUUUGAAGAUGGAGAUUAUCAUGCAAAGAUAAAUUUUUUUUCAAAAAAAAAUAUUUCAUGUGCUUUUAAAUUUCGGAUUGGUCGAAAUGAAAUUUUACCAUUAUAUGCAACAAUUGAACAUCAAAAUAAAUAA